GCAACUGCUAAAAAGAUCAGUGUUCAAUCUUUUGUUUAAUCCCGGAGCCGUUCAUUACUGUGUUACCAUUUCAGAAAACGAUGUCGUUCUUGUCGAUCUAAAUGCAAAUAGGCAGCAAAAGUAUGAUAUGGAAUCGAGUGAUUGGAAAAAGCACAGACUUAUUGGAAGCGAUAUUUUUAGGUUCUAAGAAUGAUAGAAAAGCAGUGUGGAAAAUCAAAAGAAAUACUAUCCACUUCUGUGAUGCAUAAAAACUUAUUGUAGAAGUUCCACUGGAUUAUAUUUUGUUGUUUUUAGAAGUCAUUGCAUUUGUACUAGGAUAACGUGAAGUUUUAUGGAUACGAUCUUUAGAAAUAAAGAGCGAUGAAAAAGAAUGCGACUAGAAACACCUCAAGGGAGCGACGCAGCAACGCAGCUGCGGCCAGUGGAGGAAUGGGGGGCAAGAAAUGUUGUUCCUGGGAGUAACACUAGCGGGGAUCAAGAACAGGAGCAGCUUCUCCUGACGAAAUCGAAUGAAUCCGAACCUCAACCGGCCUCAUCCUCGCAUACCAGAGCAAGUGUUACGAUUUCAACUCCAGCAGCGACUGAGAACGCGAGCGAUGUGGAGAGCUUUUUCUCACUCCACUCUCUGGACACGCUUCGAGAGUUCCAUCCGAGGACCAGCUCGACGUCGGCGCUUGCUUGUAUCCAACACAAGUUUGAAAAUCUCGCAUUCAGGACAAGGACGGUGACGCCUUCUUGCUUCCAGAGAUACGAAGUCUUCCAGAAAUACAUUUUGAAAUCGGCACCUGCAUUUGUGCUUUUGGUCCUCCUGUUGCUUUCUUUUUUUGUGAGGAACUACAAGCGCUGCGGCAGUGGUAGUCGUGGUUUUAGCGGAACCGAGAAGUCUGCUUUUCUUGAGCAGGCUGUUCCUGAGCACUCUGAAACGCAGAGGAAAGAAGGUGGGAGUCGGCGCAAGCGCACCCCGAUUUCUGGGAAACGGACUAAAUCACUUUUGAAUCGCGCCGACGAGAACUUUUUUGUGCUGUUAUGAGAGGCAUUCCUUUAUUCCGAAAUUGUGGCUUUCUUGUCUUGAGUUCUGUUAGAUGAAGACUCGCAACAUGAUUUUUUUGCAUAGAUACUCCUGUGGUAUUGGUGCAAUAGGAUUAUCGGCGCGGGUGACCAAUUACGGGUUUAUCAUAGCAUAGACGCUCAUAUUUCUUUGCUUGGUGAGGAUCUGUUUUCAUAGGGUCUUGUACAGAAUACGAACAUUUUGAAAAGGAAAGAAAACGAAACCAAAAAUAAUGAUAAUCCUGUUCGGCGCAUGAUCUGGUAUGUCUUUUUCACGAAAUUGGAGCCUCAUACAGAGAGGCCAAAGAUCGAUCAUCUUCUCCGAUGUCAAACGGACUAAG